GUGCAACUCUCUAAUACGGACAUGUCCAAGAACCAGGAAGCCAAGCGCUACGGCCCCAACGUCAGCAAGGAUACGCUGGUUUACGGCGUGGUACACAUUUACGCUUCCUUCAAUGACACUUUCGUGCACGUGACGGAUACCUCCGGCCGCGAGACCUUCGUGAAGGUGACUGGCGGGAUGAAGGUGAAGGCCGACCGCGAUGAGUCCUCCCCCUACGCAGCGAUGUUGGCUGCCCAGGACGUCGUCGCGCGGUGCAAGGAGUGUGGCAUCAACGCCCUCCACGUCAAAAUGCGCGCGACCGGCGGCGUGAAGACGAAGAGCCCGGGCCCAGGCGCCCAGGCUGCCCUUCGCGCUUUGGCCCGCGCGGGGAUGAAAAUCGGCCGCAUCGAGGACGUCACGUCCAUCCCGACCGACUCCACCCGCCGAAAGGGCUCCCGUCGGGGUCGCCGUCUGUAAAGAAUCAGGGAGUAUUGGAAGCGCACGGAAUCCAUGUUUUGCCUUUUUUAUUUAAUACUUAUUUUAUAACAACAACUGCUGUAGGGUGCCCUUCAGCUACGUUUCA